AAGGUGCGCAUCGUCUGAGGUGGAACGUACUAUGCCGCUACCAAGAACUCUUAGUCACAUAUUUCUCUCUCCAUUUUCUCUUUACCUCACCCCUUCACUCCAACGGUCACAAACAAAACCCCUCAUUUGUUCCCAAAUUCAUUUAGAAAUUCUGAUAAAUUGACUGGGAAGCGCGGCGAGCUUUUGCCACGAUGAGCGGCGGUGGGAGGUUCUAUUGGGUGCGGUGUCACGGAGAAGAGUUUAAAGCGAAAGGAGUAAUCGUGCUCUUCGUUUGGGUUUCCAUUAGCGAAGCUCAAUUGACGGAUUUUGUUGGAAUCUAUUCUUCCCUGGGUUGGAACUCGCUUGUUUGCCGCUCUGAUUAUCUCAAUCCAUUCUUUCCAGAGAGGGCUACAUCACUUGCUUUUGCUGUCCUUGGUGAACUUGUUAAGGAGCUUAGAGGUGGACUAUGCCCUGUAGUGCUUGCAACUUUUGCUGGUGGUUCUAAAGCUUGCAUGUAUAAGGUUUUCCAGAUUAUUGAAGGAUGUUCUGAAGUGGAGUUUGAUAUGGAGGACAGUAGAUUGGUGGCAAGCUGCAUCUCAGGCCAGAUCUACGAUUCUGAUCCCAUAGAAUUCACUAGUGACUUGGGUGCCCGGUUUGCUUUGCACCGCUCCAUCCUCAAAAUGCCUGGCACAUCAAAGCUUGUAUCAUUGUUUGCAAAAGGUGUUACUUCGAGCUUGGAUGCUUUAUUCCUCACCAGGUUUGGAUCCCAACGUGCAGAGUACUGGCAAACACUUCAUUCCUCAGUUGGUUUGGGUGCCCCCUUUCUCAUUUUAUGCUCUGAAAAUGAUGAUGUGGCUCCUUUUUCAACUCUAUGUAAAUUUGCUCAGCAUUUACAGGAUGUGGGGGGUAAUGUAAAGGUUGUGAUUAGGAGUGCCUCUGCCCAUCCAGGUCUUGACAGGCAUCAAGCUGUAAAGUACACCGCUGCAAUAACUGAGUUGCUUGAGCAGGCAGUUUCAGUUUUCUCUGCAAAAAUUCAGAAACUUGGGGAAACAUCUCGCAUGGACGGUGUGAAUGAUGAAAUCUCAGACUUAAUUUGUGACCUCCAGAAUGCAGCAGUUGACUCAAAUCAAAGUUUCAGAAGAGUUGCAGUUUGUCCAAAUGACCAUUUUUUCCUGCCAAGUUCAUCAGAGUAUCGAGACAGCAGAGAAUUUGGAUCCCCACAGGAGCGGAAAGAGAGGUCACCUCAUCGCUCAAGCCCUCGUAUGAGUACAAACACUGUUCUUGGGCAAAUACUUUUUGAUGUAUGUGUUCCAAAGAAUGUUGAAGGAUGGGAUAUUAAGUUCUCGGGCUCCUUGAACGGUGAACCAUUUGCUUCUAUUCGUAGACGGUCACCCUUUACUGGCAUUAAGCAUAGGUCAAGAUUAUGAGAACUUUUGAGGCAACCUAUGAUGGUUCACUUGCAGAUUCUCAAUUUCGCACGAACAUAAUUGUAUAGAGGGAAUAUAGCACAAAACCAAGUUUUAGCUUUAACCACAGGAAUCCCGAGGAAAAUUCAGGUAUUAUGGCUUUAUAUUAUAUGCCAGGUGAUUUUGAUGGAAUUGCAGCUUACCUUAGCUUACCACAAAGCUUGACCUCGUUGCUCAGAAUGUACAUAGUACUUUAAGCCUCAGAAGUCAGAACUGGUCUUAGUCGAUGCACCCCUCCCCUCUUCAUUCGACUGUGUUAUGGAGUCCGGUCCAUCCAAGAAAUUCCCUACAGGUACUUGUGAUGUGCUCAAAUGUAAAAGGUCACCUGUGUCGCCUUGCUGUACAUGGGGUUUACGCAUUAUUACUGGAUCCAUAUGUUGGAAGUCAUCAUCUCCUUAUUGAGUUUGCUCACAAUGCUGUACUGUGAUAGCAGGAGGUGAUACGUCCACAUUAAUGUAUAAUCUAGUCUGUAAAAUACCAAAAGUGUAAGCAAUGUUGAAUGUUUGUCUUCAAUGUUCACCUGCCAGUGAUUGUAAUUAGAAUUAUGUAAUAAUGUUUGGUUGAAUGCUUCUACCACCCUGCGACCAUUCUGGAAAGGUACUAAA